AUGGCUCUACUGAGGUCCUACCACUCCCAGCGCUUCUGCAGUGCAGCCCUCGGCGGCUGCGGCAGAAGCGCCGCCGCCGCCGCCGCCAUCGUGCCGGCGCGACGACCCUUCUCGACAACCACGGUGGUCGCGAGACAAGAACGGCGACGAAGCCAGAAAGAGGCAGAACCAAUUUUUACAAAAAACAUCCAGGUCCCCACCGACAUCGCCGUUGUCGGUAGCGGCAUUGCCGGCCUCACGACCGCGCACUACCUGGCAAAGCUACUCCCCGAGACGUCCAACAUCACCAUAUACGAGGCGGGGGACCGGGUGGGCGGUUGGAUCAACACGCAGGAGCUCGAGGUCGAAGUCAAUGGAAAGAAGAAUAAUGUGCGCUUCGAGCGCGGGCCGAGGACGCUGCGCGGUAUGGGCAAGGAUACAUGGAAGUUCGAUGAUCUCGUGCUCUUCGACAUGAUCAGAGACCUCCAAAUGCAAGGCGAAUACCUAGGGAUCAAGUCCCCGCCCCGGUACAUCUACUACCCGGACCACCUCGUCGAGAUGCACCCGCGCAACGUCUUCCGCGAAGCCGCCUUCAAGGGCAUCAUCCCGGGCUUCCUGAACCUCAUGUGGCGCCGCCAAAAGGCCCGCGAGGAGGUUAAGCCGGCCGACAUGUCCGUCGCCGACUUCAUCGCCACCUACACGGGACGCUCCCAGCUGACGAACAACCUCGCGUCGGCCAUGAUCCACGGCAUCUGGGGCGGCAACGCCGAUAAGCUGAGCAUGCGCAGUUUCAUGCCCGGGCCUUGGCACCGCUUCUUCGACAGACCGUAUAAGGAGGACGACUUUGUAUCGUAUCCCCGGAGCGAGGUUGGCAUAAUGGCUACGUUGGGCCAAGAUCAGGAGCUCCGGCAGUACCUGACGUCGGCGCAGAAGGAUCAGCUCGUCUUCUUCGAGAAGGGCAUGAGCAGUCUGCCGAAUACUAUUGCGGAGCACCUGAGGAGGAGGAAGAAUGUUACGUUCAAGAUGGGCGAACCCGUCACCAGCCUGGAGUACGAUAACAAGGGCAAGAAGGUCAUGCUCUCAUCACCAAGCUCGACAUCCCCAACACCAUAUGACAAGGUCAUCUCCACCACCACCAGCAAAGCCCUCCACGCCGCGACGGGAGACGCCCUCCCCUCCCUUGCAAACUCCCCCAACGUUUCCAUCAUGGCCGUGAAUCUCUGGUACCCGCAGCCGAACCUCAACGCCGCCCACCCAGGCGUCGGCUACCUCGUCCCCCGCGCAACAGACUCCAACCUCGAAGGCCUCCUCGGCGUCUUCUUCGACUCGGACGUCGUGCCCCGCGCCCCCGACGAGCCCGAAGGCACCAAAUUCUUCGUCCUCAUGGGCGGCCACUACUUUGACGGCCUCCCUGACGACGCCCUCCCCACCGAAGCCGAAGGCAUCGAGAUGGCUAAAGCCGUCGUCGAACGCCACCUCGGCAUCCCCCAGUCCACUCCCGCAUUCGCUAUGGCAAACCUCGCGAAAGACUGCAUCCCGCAGCACCACGUCGGCCACUACAAGUGCAUGGCGCACGCGAGCUACGAGCUGCGCGACGCCUUCCAGGGCCAGCUCACCGUCGCGGGCGGCUCCUACACGGGCAUCGGCGUCAUGGGCGCCCUGCGCGCGGGCUACGACGUCGCCGUACACAUUGCCCAGUCUGCGCAGGAGCACGUCGGCGACACGGGUCUCGGGCAGUUCGAGGGCAACACUGAAAUAUUUUCGUCGCCUCGGUGGCACCUACGUAACCUUGGGCGUGAUAUCGACGAUAAGAUUGGGUGGAGGAAUUAUAUCCGCUAA